GUUGCGUUACAGACAUAACAUAGUAAUAAGAGUCUUUUCAUUGGACGAUAAUAGAUAUUUCACUACCCUUAUUGGAUAGUCUAUACCUCUGUCUUGAUGUAUAUGACUCAUGUGGGUGUUCUGCAACUGUAAAUAGGGACGGAAUGAGAAGAAAUCGGCGAUAGCCUGGAAGGUCAGCAUACGCCAAUCCAAGUAGCUGAGUAGCAUGGCAGCUGCAUUCCUGGAUGGGAAAGAUGCACACUCACUCCUCAAGCGCUUUCCGCGGGCCAACGGCUUCCUGGAGGAAUUCCGCCAGGGCAACAUUGAGAGAGAGUGUGUGGAGGAGAGCUGCAGCUUCGAGGAAGCCAACGAGGUGUUUGAGAACAAGGAACGCACGAUGGAGUUCUGGAAGAUGCGCAGUGUGGGCAGUAAUGCAGAGUCCCGCUCCGACAGCAAGGACGUGGUGUUUAUGGUGGUGCCCCUCCUGGUCAUGACACUGCUGGCCCUCAUAGGGCUGUUCCUCCUGUGGCGCUGCCAGCUGCAGAAGACCAUGCGCCGCCGGUGGCCCGCCUACCCGCAGAACCGCUAUCUGGCCAGCCGCAACUCCCGCAGCCUGCCGCGCAUCCUGGUGCACCGGGACACGCCGCCCUUGUCAUCGCACGCCGAGAACUCCCACCACCACCACCACCAACAUCACCACCCUGCAGCGGUGUCCGCGCCGGUUCUCCCCGAGCCCCCCCCUUCCUGUCGGCCCACGGUGAUCAUCAGCGGGGUGGAGAGGGCAGGAGGAGGAGGAGCCGGAGGGAGAGGGAGCGCGCCCGAGGCCCAGAACCCGCCUAAUGGCCGUGCCUUGUACGUGCAGGACUCCUCCGUGUCCGUGGCCUCGCGUCUCUCUGGGGCCACGCCGCCGCCGUCGUACGAGGAGGUGACGGGGCACGCGGAGAGCAGCAGCGACGAGACCACCACCACCGCCCCCUACAGCGACCCUCCUCCCAAGUACGACGAGAUCGUCAAGGACAAGUGAACCUGUGAUACCAAGACAGCGAGCGCAGGGAGAGGGGGAACAAACCUUUUCAAUUUGGUCAAAACACGGGCCCUUUCUCUUUUCCAACUCGGAGGGGUGUGUUUUGUAAUAAUGCCGGUCGCUGCCAGAGCAUGGCAUGUGUGUGAAUGUUUGGCUUUGCUUCAGACUUUCCUUUCCUCCCCUCAUCAACAAAUCAGCCUUGGGGGGGGGAGUGUGUUUUGCGUGUAAAAGUGUUUGGCUGUAUUUCCUUUGGCAUCUCUAUGAAGAUUUGGAUGUUGUGGAAAAGCAAACGCGACCACAGAAGCACAGACACAGGCCUUUGGCCCUCCACCUGUUGUGCCAUGUCCUUUCCCCCACUACAGACCAAGGGCACUACUUUCUUUCUCUUUCUGUCUCUCUCUCUCUCUCUCACACACCUUGG